GAAGACAUCUGGGUUGUAAUCAGAAGUUUGAUGGUACCGGUCAAGAGUUUGCCCACGCCUGGUUCCUUGGUGAUAUACACUUUGAUGAUGACGAGCAUUUCACUGCUCCUAAUGCUGGUAAUGGAAUCAGCCUCCUUAAGGUCGCAGUCCAUGAGAUCGGCCACGUUUUGGGGUUACCUCACAUCUACAGGCCGGGGUCUAUAAUGCAGCCCAGCUAUCUACCCCAAGAAUCAGGGUUUGAGAUGGACUGGACUGACAGAAAAGCUAUCCAGCAUCUCUAUGGAGGCUGUAAAGGCCGCUUCAACACUGUGUUUGACUGGAUCAGAAAGGAGAAGACACCUCACGGGAAGGUGCUGAUCCGCUUCAACACCUACUUCAUGAGAGAUGGCUGGUACUGGCUGUACGAGAACAGGAACAACAGAACCCGUUAUGGUGACCCGGUCCCGCUGCAGGCCGGCUGGCAUGGGCUUCCCAAUGAUGGAGUGGAUGCUCAUGUGCACGUGUGGUCCAGAAGAAAAGAUACUGUGUAUUUCUUUAAAGGAACUCAGUUCUGGAGGUACGAUAAUGAGAACGACCGGGUGUUCAGAGAGGACUCGGAUGGUCGUCAAUAUCCAAGAUCGAUAUCUGAGUUUUUCCCUGGUGUUCCCAGCCCUGUUGACACCGCCUUCUACGACAGGAGAGAUUCCCUCAUCUACUUCUUCAAGAACACUCUAGUGUAUGCCUUCAGUGUGGACGCCAACAGCUUGGCAAGAGGCUUUCCCAAAAACAUCAGAGAUGUUUUCCCUCCGUUGGAGAGUGGAGAUCAUCCAGAUGGCAACAUUGAUGCUGCCUACUUCUCCUACACCCACAACGCCGUCUUUCUACUCAAGGACACGCGUUUCUGGCAAGUGGUGGGCAGCCGCGAUCGCUGGCGCCGGCCCUAUCUGCCUCGGAAUGGCCUUCUGCCACACAAGGAGGUGGAUGAGCGCUGGUUUGACAUCUGUGAUGUUCAUCCUACUGCGCUGAAGCUAACCCGCUGAGGCCGCCGCAGCCGAUUUAGACAUGGUUAUUCACACUGAGCCAGGUUUGAAAGAAAUCCAAUUUCUGCCUUUUUAGUGUUGAUGCUGCUGUUUGUAUUAAAGACAAAGACAACUUUGUUGGCAAAUUUAAUUAUAUUAAAAGCUACUCUCUUUAGAGAUGGUGCAUUUUAUACUUUUAUUCUUAAAUACACUGUAAUGCUAGUAUUAUGAGGGAGUAGAUAUAUUUAUUACAGAGUAAUUUCAAUUUAUGCACAUGCACUGUUUUUUGCUGAGUGGUGUUCAUGUUUGGAUUAGAUUUCUGUAAGACAAAACCUUCAGGUUGUUUUUUUAAUCAAGUUUAUCUGUUUUAUAAUCCAUUUUUUCUCAUAUGAGAAGUUAUUCCAGACAGUUUGACAUUUAAUUAUUAAAGAAUCUUGUCCUCCUGAAUUCCAGUAGUGUAGAUUUGUCCUCCAAAGAGGACAUUUCUAAGUCUGAAUAUCUUCCAACCACUGCAUAAUACUGAAUUUACUUCUUUUGGUGUCUAUAGAGGACAUUUGGACCUUUUCAAUGAUACCAAAUCAUAAGGGGUGGAGCUGUGGGAAUUACAGUUUUUGGUGGAUUCAAAACAUUUGAAAGAAAUUAAAAAUCCAUUAUCAGUAACUACUGAGAAAGCCCAAACGAUGACGAGACUACUUCUGUGCCCUACAGUUGCCAAGUGUUUCUUUUUUCUUGGAUGUAAGCUUUAGAACUUUUUUUGCAUACUUACUUUUUGAAUAAAUAAAUGCAUUUCUAUAAGAGCGUUUUUCUACCAUAUAAUUUGCAAACAGUUAUUAAUUUACCAUCCAACAUCUUGAACAUCUGAAACAUUUUCUGACCUCAGUUUCUUGAAUAAUCCUUUGAAGAUCAAUAAAGUUUUUUUGUAUUUUUACAUUUUUGUUUUUUUUUUAAUGAUUUUUUUCAGGGUUUCUCUGAAUUUUAGAUCUCUUGUUGCAGUAAAUAGAGGGUUCCAAAAAAACAUAUGUGAACCUGCAGUUACCUAACUUUACCGUAAUGUUUUUUUUUCUUUCUGAUCCUGUUUGCACUGCAAUAAAAACAUUUACAAAAUACGUUUCAAACAUUCAGAGUAAUAGCACUUUAUCCUGACCUCCAAAAUUUACAUAUCCAACUAAUAUCAUGUAUAGUGUACAAUAACAU